AUGACUGUAUUCUACAACAUCGCUGGUCGCCAAAUUGGCUCUCACUACCUUGCCAUUGCAACUCUCUCGACUGUCUUUGGCGGUGCGUACUAUGCGUUGUCCGGCGGAUCCUCAGCUGCGAAGAAGUCACAAGGGCCACCUCUUAAUGCACAAAGCCCGGAUGAGGAGAAGUUCAUCAAGGAUUUCCUAGCAUCGGCCGAUAAGAAGGACAACAGUGCGGAUGCUACCAAGAAGGAUGCUGCUCAUUAA